UGCAGAGCACGACAAGUCGACAACUGAGGAAGAGUAACGUGUUGGGUUCAGCAGUUGCUUGUCAAUACUCACACGACCGUUUUAUUUACUUCUCUUCUUCAGGACUUGAAACGGUUAUUCUCAUUCUCAUUCUACAAUCCUUUUUUCUCCUUAUGCUUCUUCACAUACAGAAAUUUUCUUCCCUUUUGUUUCUUCUUGGGUAGCACGGCGUCGUUUCAUUCUUGGCCAUGUCUUACGACUACCUCUUCAAGUACAUCAUCAUCGGCGACACAGGUGUAGGGAAAUCUUGCCUGCUCCUGCAAUUCACAGACAAGAGGUUCCAACCCGUCCACGAUCUCACCAUUGGCGUCGAGUUCGGCGCUCGUAUGGUCACCAUCGAUUCUCGACCCAUCAAGCUUCAGAUAUGGGAUACCGCCGGACAAGAAUCUUUUAGAUCCAUCACACGAUCUUACUAUAGAGGAGCAGCAGGAGCACUUCUGGUUUAUGACAUUGCAAGGAGAGAGACAUUUAAUCAUUUAGCAAGUUGGCUGGAAGAUGCCAGGCAGCAUGCCAAUAGUAACAUGACAAUCAUGCUCAUAGGGAACAAGUGUGAUUUGUCUCAUCGAAGGGCAGUGAGCAAAGAGGAAGGAGAGCAAUUUGCCAAAGAAAAUGGGCUUUUAUUUUUGGAGACUUCUGCAAGGACAGCUCAAAAUGUGGAAGAUGCUUUCAUUAAGACUGCUGCAAAGAUUCUUCAGAAUAUUCGGGAAGGUGUUUUCGAUGUAUCCAAUGAGUCGUUUGGCAUAAAGAUUGGAUAUGGACGCCCCCAAGGUUCAUCAGGGGCAAGAGAUGGAAGUGUUACAACGAGAGGAGGGUGUUGCAGCUGAUAAGGAGGAAAACUACUUUGUAUCUGAUCUUUUUUGUGCUUCUAUUUCCAAGCUGCUUAUAGAUCUUCCACUGGGACUGUUAGAUAACCCUGUAAUUUCAUGUAUAGAUCUAUCCUCAGGAGUGUUCUUCGACAGAUUUGACUCCAUAA